GGAACCAGUUACUGUUCACAUCACCGCCACCUUAGUACUCCUGAGCCUUCCAUCUUGGUACUCGUGCCUCGACUCUUUUAAACUUUUGAUUUUAUUCCUUGUCCUUUUAUUAUAAUUUCAUCGGAUCUUACAACGUGACGUAAGUAAAUUUAUAAUGCAGAGAUAGGUAUGCCAUCUUGUGCAGCAAUAUACUGUCGUAAACAAGCAUCAAAAGGCAGCGGGAGAACGGUGCACUGUUUCCCUGUCAACAGUGUUGUCCGUCAAAAAUGGAUUCUAGUCACAGGCAGGGAAAACUGGGUUCCAGGAAGGAGAUCAGUGUUGUGCUCUGAUCACUUUGAAGAACAGUUCUUUGACAGAACUGGCCAGACAACAAGAUUAAGAGUGGGAGCCAUCCCAACAAAGGGCAAAUCUACUCCAGAUCAAAAUGAGGAAAAAGAACAUAGAUCUCGAAGAGGUGUGAUCAAAAGAUCAUCAGAAGCCUGUUAUUCAAUGUUAGCUAAUGUUGCAUCAGUGCCUCUAGACCAAGUAUCAGUAAAACCUGAACCCUUUGAUCACUCAGAUGAUGAGGAGGAGUCUAAAAGGAAAAUCACUACCUUGCAAGGAAGAGGAAAGCAGAAGAAAUUAGUAACACCAAAAAGAGAAAUUUUUGAGCCUUCAUCAUCAUGUGACAGUGACGACCCAUCUCAGUAUAAAGAACCUUCAACAUUGCAUGGUCCUCUACACGUUGAUAAUCCCUCUGCCUCAGAUGACUCCUCCUCGCUACUCCACCAUCUCUCAACACAUCCAGAUGAUCCCUUUUACUCAGAUCAUUAUUAUUGUAGGAAACCUGGAGAAACAGAAGAAACAAUACAGAUGAAAAACAUACAGGUUCAGUAUCUGAAGAUGAAGUUGAAGUACCUGGAGGAGAACAAUACAGUAGAGAAAGAGCCUCCAGAUUGGACAAACUUCAAAAAAUCCUCAGUUUUGGAUGACAUGCCAAACAUGGAAGAAUAUGAAAUGACUGAAACUGAAAACAAUAUAUCUGAUGAUGUCUGUCUCAAGAAUUCUAAAGCUACUACUCACAUCCUCAAAGAAAAGGAUCAAGAGGUUCAAGAUCUUCUGAAGAAGAUAAAAUCAUUACAACAGAAAAAACGGAGGGCUAAGCAGAAAGAAAAGGAUAAGAAAAAAAUCUUCAGAUAUGUAGUAAUGAUUGAACCAGCUAAAAAAGAUAAAAGGGUAUCUUCUAAGACAUCACACGAUGACUUGUCAUCUGAUGACAGUACUGUACCUGAUGACCAUUCUACCUCGGAUGAAUUGCCAACAGCUCAAGAGUCACUAACAUCACAUAAAGUUGCUUUAUUGGCAGCAGAGAAUUUUGGCAUAAAAAAGAAAUCAAGAAAAAUAACUAAUAUACUACAGGAAAAGAAAAAGCAGAUUCAGGAGCUGCAAAAGAAGCUAAAGUGUGUACAGCAGAGGGAAAAAAAGAAGACAGCAGAGAUAGAACAUCUUCAAAAUGUUAUACAAAAUUUCAAAGAUAGGCUUGAAGUUCACCCAGACCAGGAGGAAACUAUGCUAAGACUUUGUUCAUUCUGUAAGUCAAGAAUACACUAGCACUGCCUCAGAAUUGGAUACCCUUUGGUUUCAUCAGAGAUUACUGAUGAUUCCUCCACCCUGCUCAUGCCAUUAAUACUGUACAUCACAGACAUACAAAAAGGUCUCCAAGAGCCUUAUUACAAAUUACCAACUUUCCAUUGUGCUCAAAUUGUAAGGUGCAGUUUUCAAGAACUUUACAAAGACAAAGCUCAAGUCCUCAUUUAUUCAGUCAAAUGUGAUGUGACAUAUGAAACGUUUGUUUCAUUUCUCAGGAAGCUUCUUUUAAGUUAAAUGGAAUAGAGGUGGUAAGCACAGCCUCACUUAAUAUAAAAUAUCAACUUGAAUUGAUAGCUGUUGUCUAUUUGAAAAUAGUUUUUUUUGUCCACUUUUAACUAUGAUUCAAGGCAAGAAGAUCUUGUGCAAUAUCUCCUUGAAACACCAUCAUCACUGUGCUGUGGGUGUUAGUUCUGCCCCACUGUCUCACACUUCCAUUUGUUAUCAUCAUCCUUUCAGAUAUUUUUAAGGCAUAUAACACCCUGCUUAUGAUAACUACUACAUGUUGUACUCAUUCAUUCAUGUUUUACUUUCUGUGUGCCUGAUUUUAAUUAGACAGCCACCAUCUAGAUUGUACAGUACAGGUGGUCCCUAAUUUAUGAAAUGGUUCAGUUCCUGAAAACCUUUUGUAACUAAUGUUUUUAUGAAUUGAAUUCUCUUUUCCCAUAGAUCCCCAUUAUAAAAGCCAAUAUACAUUCCUAUGAAAAAAAAUCUCAAAAAUAUGUUUCUAAUGACAAUCUUUGGUGUACAUAAUGAUUACAGUACUAGUACUGUAUAACCCAAUAAAAAUCAUAACAAACGAAAUGAUUGCAGUACAAUGAUAAUUUUAUACGAUAUAUAAUUUGUAAUUUAACUUCAAAAUAAUGGAGACUUAUGAUGGACUAUGAUGGAUGAUGUAAUACUGCACUAUGCGCCCUUCUUCUGCUCUCUUCCCGGGAGGAUUACCAUCACCAUUGUUUAAAUUAUUUUACCUAAAAUCUUGACAUUUUUCUGUGGUGAGUGAGCGAACCAAUCACAGUGUAGCUUAUGGGUGAAUCCAUUCUCAAGGUGGGGGAAUAAACAGCUUACUCACGGGUCUGAGAGAAGGAGAAAGGCCUCAACGGAUCGCUUGCUGGUGGAAAUUUCAAAGAACCACAUGGUGGGAAUUUCAAGCUACAAAUAUUUAGGGGCUCGGAUAAAUGUUUCUUGCCCGGAAAGGAUCCAGACUAUCUGAAAUCCUCGCCUCCUGUUUCGUGCAUCGGUGGUUAGAUCCCUAGACACUCCCAGUUCACCAAGCUGUAAUUGGGUACCAUGCUGCAUCCUUGUGUACCAAAACCUUAUACAGUGUGCUAUAUCCACACUAUCCCAAAUGGGCAGUUAUACCUAUGGGACCCACUUUUGACCCCUGCUCAUAUUAUAAACCACAGCCCUUCGCACAGUGACUCCAGGCAGAAUGUAUGAAAAAUGGUACAGUACAGGAAAAUAUGGCAUAACUGUCAAACUAGGUUUUUUUUAUGAUUUUUCUUCUUCACAUUUGUCAAAAUAGGUAAAAAUGACAAACAAAUGUUUUUUUUUUAUUGUGAGUUAGUAUGCUAACACAUAAUACAGGGAGUAUGCCUCCACCUUGGAGGAACUCUUCAACUGACUUGCAGCUGGUUCGAUGAUCCUGGCAGAGGGCUUUCAGCCUCAACUGAAAGUUCUUGUAAACCUGCCUUUGACUUUUCUUGGGUGGCUCACCAUGAGACUCCUUGAGAAUUUGAGAGGACAUUGGAGUAUGAUCAGCUUUGAUCCUCUGGACAGAGCCCCAGACAGGUGGGUGGCUGUGACCAACCAAUCUGUUGUAUCAGUUCCAUCCCUCACAGAGGUUGUUCAUCUGUUAUUCAUCACUGAGUGUUGGAUCAUGAACAUUCCACAUUUCUGGAGGGUAGCAUGGAGGGAUGCAAUGCAGGUUUAACACCUGCAAUUGUUGUGCUCGUCGAUAGCUGCCUGUCACGUAGGUCUCGUCAAAGUAUAUUACGUAUGUGAGGAAGGGUUCCAUGCCAUUUGGUGUGUGUUAUUUGGGGUGGUUGAUGCCAGUGGGUAUGUCCUUAAGAUGGAGGAGAGCAAGGCUGUCUACCACCUAAAUCCCACAGAACAGGUUGUAGUGUUGAUAGGCCGAGUUCUUUGAUUUUUCUUCAGGUUGCAUGUGUCAGAUGGUAGGAGCAGCCACGGCAGGUCACUUCAUUACUGAGGACAGCUUUGAUACCUGUAGCUUGUUCAAUUGUUGUUCAAAUGAUGGGCAACCAGUGAAAU